CGCAGCUUGUUUAUUUUCCUGCAUCCUUGAUGCUAACAACCAGAAGCUAACUACCUGAUGCUAACAACCUCUCGCGCGCACUGACGGUGUUCCCCCCGCUGAGCCUCCACCUCCCGCUCCUCCCUCUCGGCUCCUCCAGCUGCUCUCGAGAAGCCUCGAGGUUUUGUAGUCUGGCCUCUUUCCCCCCCCCCUUUAAAUCAUGUUUUAUUUCAUAAAGAUGGCGGCGAGGGGGACACUGAACUAAAUGACUGUCAGGAACAUCGCCUCCAUUUGCAAUAUGGGCACCAAUGCCUCGGCUCUGGAGAAAGACAUCGGCCCGGAGCAGUUCCCCAUCAAUGAGCACUACUUCGGAUUGGUCAACUUCGGGAACACGUGCUACUGUAACUCGGUGCUCCAGGCGCUCUACUUCUGCCGGCCCUUCCGGGAGAACGUCCUGUCGUCCAAGGCGCAGCAGAAGAAGAAGGAGAACCUGCUCACCUGCCUGGCCGACCUCUUCCACUCCAUCGCCACGCAGAAGAAGAAAGUGGGCGUCAUCCCGCCCAAGAAGUUCAUCUCCCGCCUCCGGAAGGAGAACGACCUGUUUGACAACUACAUGCAGCAGGACGCCCACGAGUUCCUGAACUACCUGCUGAACACGGUGGCCGACAUCCUGCAGGACGAGAAGAAGCAGGAGAAGCAGAACGGACGCCUCAAGAACAACGGCGGCGCCGCGGAGGCCGAGCCGGAGAACAAGACGGAGCCCACGUGGGUCCACGACAUCUUCCAGGGAACCCUGACCAACGAGACGCGCUGCCUCAACUGUGAGACGGUGAGCAGCAAAGAUGAGGACUUUCUGGACCUUUCUGUGGACGUGGAGCAGAACACGUCCAUAACUCACUGUCUCAGAGACUUCAGCAACACGGAGACGCUGUGCAGCGAAUACAAGUACUACUGCGAGGCAUGCUGCAGCAAACAGGAGGCCCAGAAGAGGAUGCGGGUGAAGAAGCUCCCCAUUAUCCUGGCGCUGCACCUGAAGAGGUUCAAGUACAUGGAGCAGCUGCACCGCUACACCAAGCUGUCCUACCGCGUGGUGUUCCCCCUGGAGCUCCGCCUCUUCAACACCUCGGGCGACGCCCUCAACCUGGACCGCAUGUACGACCUGGUGGCCGUGGUGGUGCACUGCGGCAGCGGACCCAACCGAGGCCAUUACAUCACCAUCGUGAAGAGCCACGGCUUCUGGCUGCUGUUCGACGACGACAUCGUGGAGAAAAUCGACGCCCAGGCCAUCGAGGAGUUCUACGGGCUCACCUCGGACAUCUCCAAGAACUCUGAGUCCGGAUACAUCCUGUUCUACCAGUCCAGGGAGUGACCAGGCCCUGUUUGUUUGUUUGUUUGUUUGUUUACCUUCAGCCUAAAAGAUGCCACCUCCCUCUCCCCCUGCUCACAUCCUCCAGGUCAGACCUCUCUGAUGUAUGUGCCAAUCCCUCUAUCUAUCUAUCUAUAUAUAUACAAAUAUAUAUAUAUAUAUAUAUAUAUCUCUCUUUCUUUCUCUAUCGCUCUCUCUCUCUCUCUAUAUAUAUAUAUCUAUACAUCUCUCUCUAGAUAUUUCUCUCUCUCUCUCUAUAUAUAUAUAUCUCUAUAUAUUUAUCUCUCCCUCUCUAUCUCUCUCUCUCCCUCCCCCCCUCUCUCUCUCUCACACUCUGCACUUUAAAAAUCUAAAAAGCAAAACAAGAAAAUAUGACCGAAAAACUAAACGGAUCCUCAUGGACCGGUGGGAGGAGCCAGAGGAGAUGAUUGGCGAGCAGGAACGUGAUUGGACAACGGGGUCUGGUGCACAGACUGUUGUUGUUGUUGUUUGUCACGUGUAAUAACUAAACGACCCUCCGAGAACUACGGUGGCCUUCAGGGACCAUAGGAACAUGUUGGGGUGUCAGGUGGGAACAGGAAGGGCUCCGGUGAGGACACUCUUGGUUUCAGGUGUUUACUCAUGAACACUUUAAAUCCUCCCCUGCGGCUGUGAGGCAUCACUGUAACAGCAAUAUCUGAGCAUCCGAAACAACGGCCUGAACUGUGACUGGACGUGGGGCCGGGGGCUCGAUCCCGUCCCGUCAUGUGACCGACUCUGACUCCGCCCCUAAAGCCGUCACGCUCCAUUCAAACCAACUGAAUCUUUAUUGUUUGUAUUCUUAUAGAAACCCAUAUUUAUUGUGCUUAACAUAUUUAUUACUGUUAUUUGUGAUAGACAAUGAAGGUGUGUGUGUGUGUGGGCGGGGGGGGGUCUGUGUUUGUAUAAAGACGGCUUAAAUAGAAAACAAUGGCUUUAUCAGUUUAAAUGGUGACGUUUGAAGGUUGGACAUUUAAAGGGACAGUGCGCAGGAUUUGUUGCCAUCUAGUGGCCACUCCUCUCCAGCCCCGAGAGGGCAUCCAUACCAUAAUAACAUGCUUUGAAGGACGUCACUGCAGUUUCACGAGCAUGUUGGAGAGCUACGGUGGCCUUCAGGGACCAAAAAACACACAAAGAAGACUCUCCAGAGUCGGUGUGAGGUUUGUCCGUUCCGGGUUGCCGUAGCAACGUGACGGAUUCUUAGUUUCAGGUGAUAUUAUAUUAUAUUCUGCUCAUAGCUUCCACCCUUAAAUCCUUGACGCUGGCCCUUUAAAUGUGAAGAAGUUGAAACUGCAAUAAGAGGUGAAGUUCCCAGUGGAACUAAUAAACGUACAUUUAAAUGUUAAUGUGUUUCUUAGCCGUUGUCAUGGAGACUACCAGCUCCACAGUUCUGUCAUAUUUAAUUUUUUGUGUGACUUCUUUAAUUUAGUCAUUCCCAUGUUGGACGACAUCUUUUGUAGCUUUGUUGACGUCAACAUUGUGGAUAUCUCCGUAGAUGUUGUGGCUGUUUUCCUCCCGUAGUCGUGUUUUCACGUUAGAAAUAAGACGGCAGGAAUAAAGAGGCUAAGUUCCGCCCCUUCCUGUGUCCCCGGUGGGACAUUAUUUUGGAAAUAAAUAUGUCUGGUAGUCGAUGGGGAAAGACAAAUCUAUAUAUUAAUAUGUUUGAAUUGUGCCAUGAAUCACGCACACGUUUCUCAAUCUUCUAUUUUUUUCUUUUUUUAAACGAUUAUUUUGCGUUUCAAAAAAGUUGCGUUCUUUUGUCGUAAAACUGGGAAAAUCGUUAAUUACGAAGGCCGCACACCCAAACGUGGAAUAACUGCCGUAUUUGUUUUUGUCCUAGUACCUUUUUAAGUUGUUUGCGAGAAACCGAUCAGUGAACUACGCGAUGUACCGUUAGCUUAUUUUGCAAACUAGCGAGCUAACGCAGCUACGUUCUGUGCGAGAUACAGAUGUAGAUUUGUCGUAGUAUCUUUUAAGUUUUGAGAGAAACUGAUCUCUAAACUACACGUCAUCUUUCUAAUUACGUUUUCUCACCGUUUUACGACAAAAAAACGCAGACGCAAAAAUGAUCCUUUAAACAAACAAACUUAAACGUGUUUAAUUCGUGACGCAAUUCAAACGGCAUCAGGAGUUAUGUGUUUCUCGCCGUACGUCUUUACGCUGCAGCGAGGUCGACUUAAAGGGGGCGGGGCUUAACACCCCUGUGGGAGUGUCUGUGCCAAUGGAGUCGACACCGGAACAUUACUUUCUCUGUAACGGUGCAACUGUACAUUUAUAUUAUGUAAGAGGAAGAAAAAGAAACACUUCUGGACAGAGGAGAAUAUAUUUUUAAAGAGAAGAUGUGAUAAAGACUUUAUUGAAACCCCGUCAAACACUGUGCUAACAACCGCUCAUCACAUGGUCACCUCCACCUGUCGGAGCAUGACGUCAUCACGCUGACGUCUGGACGUCUCACUGUGAACUGAAGGAGCAGCUCAACGCAGCCGACUUCUCUUUCUUCUUCUGUUCAAUAAAACGACUCGACUGACUAGAAGUGUUAGUUGUUAUUUAAAAUCUAUAAUGUGUAUAAAUGAGUCUCUGAAAGCUGUGAACAAAGCCCUCUGCAUAAAGCCUCACGAUGUGCAGUUUUAUUAAUAACGCAGCUUUAACACAUGAAGCAUGGACUUCUAUACAACCAGAGGAGUCGCCCCCUGGUGGUCAGUAGAGAGAAGCUUUAACGCAUGAAGUAUAGACUUCUAUACAACCAGAGGAGUCGCCCCCUGGUGGUCAGGGGAGAGAAUGCAGCUUUAACACAUGAAGCAUAGACUUCUAUACAACCAGAGGAGUCGCCCCCUGGUGGUCAGUAGAGAGAAGCUUUAACGCAUGAAGUAUAGACUUCUAUACAACCAGAGGAGUCACCCCCUGGUGGUCAGGAGAGAGAAUGCAGCUUUAACACAUGAAGCAUAUACUUCUAUACAACCAGAGGAGUCGCCCCCUGGUGGUCAGGAGAGAGAAUGCAGCUUUAACACAUGAAGCAUAGACUUCUAUACAACCAGAUGAGUCGCCCCCUGGUGGUCAGGAGAGAUAAUGCAGCUUUAACACAUGAAGCAUAGACUUCUAUACAACCAGAUGAGCCCCCUGGUGGUCAGGAGAGAGAAUGCAGCUUUAACACAUGAAGCAUAGACUUCUAUACAACCAGAGAAGAUACAUCUCCUGUACUAUAAAUUCAACACCAGACGUCUUGAGGCGUCUCCUUCUCGAUGUGUCGAUCAGGGUUUCUCCGUACGACUUUCCGGCGGUCAAACGGUUGUCGAGGGCGACGUGGCGCCGCAGAGCGAGAGGUCAUCGGGUGUUUUCAUCGUUCCCGGUAAUUGGUUGUGAGAUUAAUAAAUGAAAACCAGCUGGUAGCAGAAGUGAGACUUGACUUCUGGUUCCGUUUCUGUGGAAAGAACCCGGAGUCUUCUCAGAAACACUUCAUCCCCACAGAGAGAAGAAGGGUCAACACACACACACACACACACACACACACACACAUACACUGACAGGGGCUUUACCACCACCACCUUCUCCUUCCCAGGAGCCUCAGACGAGUGUCAUAGGGUCCGUCGUGUCUCUCGAGGACGUCUUCAGUCACACUGUCGCCCCAGAAGGUUUCAAUGGACUUAUUGUAAUCUUCUUGCUCCUGCAGCUACAGUGUUUUUAUUUUAUUUUAUUCAUAAAGCUGCUUUCUGCCUGUUUUUCAUGUCAAAUGUAAAACUGCACACACUAAAGCAACUCGAUCUCGAGGGGGUUCUCCCAUCAUCAGAUCUGUGGAAUUAAAUAAUCUUAAAUGGCAAUAAAA